UUAUUUUAUUUUUUCUCUUCGGAAUUACUCAGUCGGGUUGUGCGACAACUCAUUUCAUACGUUCAUUUCAAUACCCGUACUUUACCCAAUUUGACCUGUGGCCUACCUCACGUUCAAAUAUGCAUCUGAUCAAGGUUGACUACGUGCAGGUUCUUGCUGAUCUACAGUUACAGCACCCUACUGAGUUCAACACAUCAUUUCAUACGGCAGAGGAGGCGCCGCAUUAUGAACGACCAUCUGAGGAGCCUUAUUCAUUCAAGCGGUGGCUGGCUUUGAUACUUCAAUCACGUGGACUUCGCCUUGAGUCCAUGCAGACAAUCCCGUUCUCUAGACGAGAAGCACGAUUAUUGCUUGAUGCGGCAGAAGCCUCAAUUCAGACCCGCACUGUCAACAGAAUGUUCAGAGAAGAUAUCGAUGAAGAGAUCAUCCCCAAGUUCUCAUCCCUCAAAUUCCCUAAAGAGGGUCUCUUCAUGAGAUUAAAUGCAUGCUCUGCUAAGGACGGUGCUCGGAAGAAUCCCCAAAUCACAUCACUCCACUCUGCUGAAGAGAUUGUACUUCUCUUAGUAACUUCGAUACGGGCGCGUAACGCUUUGUUCAAAUGCAUGGAAACUGGGGAACAGUUCGAGCUGUUCUUCUUGCCCUUUGACCUGCGUAUGCGCAGUGAGAACGAAUAUCGAGUGUUCUGUCCACCUGAUGGCUCCACGAUCUCAGGGAUCAGCCAGUAUCAAUGGCACAAGCGCUGGAAGCAUGCAGACCAGACUACUGAGGAUGCACAGCAGCUUAUGCGCAAUAUUAGCCAUGGCUGUGAAGCGCUUAGGUUGCAGAUAUUACAAGCAUUACGUUCUGAUGACGAGACGGACAACCUAUUGCUCAAGCAAGGGUUCUCGUUUGAUGUCUUGUUCGACGAUCAAACCAAGCAGUGCGAAUUAAUCGAGCUCAAUGUAUUCGGCACACGGAGUGCGUGCGGCUCCUGCUUAUUUCACUGGGUUAGAGAUGGAGAUAUGCUUUAUAAUGCGGUACAUGAAACGGCGCAGUUUCGAGUUACAGCAUAAUCAAGAUCUAGUAGAUCACGUCCAAUUCUAGAGAAAUCUGCAAUCAACAUACACGAUCGAUAUGCUGCACUCAGCGAUCAUAGUUCACUCGAGCUAGGAUCUCAUUCCACC